UAUGAAAUAAUGAUUUUAAAUUUUUUAAAUUAAUUUACCUAGAAAUUUUUUAAUUUCACUUUGGUAACUUUCUAUGAUUGUUCCUUUCCGCCAUAAUUAAUUUGCACCUACAUAGAAGUAAAGUGGGGGCAAGUUCUGUUUUUUUCCCAUCUUUGCAAAGAUUUUCAAUCACACCUUUCACUAACCAACCACAAGCACAAGAAAAUACAUAUUUAUUUUUGUCAUGUUUGGAUUUAUUUUUUAUUAAAUAUUUAUUUCACAUUAAAUGCUGCUGCUAUGGGUCUUCUUAUGCUUUAAUGGCUCACCUUCGUAUUUUGUUUGUUUUUAUUCACAUUUUUGACAGGUUAUGAGGGUUGCUUUCAACCUAUUUAAUUCUUUUCUACAACCUUCCAUGCUUGAUUUAUUAUUUUUUUUGCAUAUAAAGUUCCUUGAUGUUUACCUUCAUUCUCAAUUUAUUGUCUAUAACAACUCCAAUCAAUUAUUUUUUUGGUUUUUGUGCUUUAAUUCUCUGCAUUUUUUCCUAUUUUUAUACCUAUAGUGUUUCCAUGUUAUUGACUAUUAUUACUCAGUAUUCAAGAAAAUUGGCUAAAGUGUUUGGAAAAUCAAGUGGUUCUAGUGGAAAGCUUAAGGUAAUAUUCCAUGAUUUUCCGGGAGGUGCGGAAGGUUUCGAGCUUAUGCUAAGAUUCUGUUAUAACAAUGGAAAUGCUGAGUUGAGUCCUUCGAAUCUGUUACUCGCGCGUUGUGGUGCUGAAUAUAUGGAGAUGAAUGAAUCUGUCAAAAGUGGUUCUAAUUUAUGUGAUCAAACUGAGAAAUUGAUUCAAGGGAUUGGUUAUUGGUCGUGGUCGGAGAUUUUGACUGCUUUGAAGCAAUGUCAGAGUUUACUAGUUGAGGAUUCUUCUGUGAUGGUAGAGAGGUGUUUGGAUGCUGUGGUUGGGAGGUUGGUUUUGGCGAGUGAAGCAAGUCCGUGUCCUUCGAGUUGCUCUAAUGAUAGUUCAGGGGUUCGGUUUUCGUGUGACUCGAAAAGUACUGAGAGUAUUAAGACGAGUUUCACUCGUUCGACAUGGUGGUUUGAGGAUCUCUUGUUUUUGACUCCCUCGAUGAUUCUUGUGUUGGUAAAGGCGAUGCUUUCGAGUAAGUUGGAUCAUCAUGUUAUCAGCAGGUUUCUUCUGUAUUAUCAGAAGGUGAAAUUCAAGACCGCUGCAACGGAUGAGAAGUGCAAAAUCAUAGAAAUGGUGAUAGAUAUGCAUUAUGAGAUGGACCAGAGUUCUGUUUCUGUCAAGACAUUAUUCGGGAUUGUUCGGGUAACGUUGUGUUUGAACAUAAGUAAAAGUUGUCGGAACAAGUUGGAGAUCAUGAUUGGUUCGCAAUUGGAUCAAGUAACCUUGGACAAUUUACUUGUUCCAUCUCCCUAUGGAAUAAACUACUUAUAUGAUGUGAACCUUGUUCUGAGAUUUUUGAAAGCAUUUCUGCGCCAUGGAAACGGUGCGUCCGCUCCUCUUCGGAUGAGGAAAGUUGCUAACUUAAUAGAUUUGUAUAUAGCUGAAAUAGCUCCUGAUCCUUGUUUAAAAACUUCCAAGUUUUUGGCUCUGGCCACAGCUCUUCCAGAUUCUGCUAGGGAUUCUUGUGAUGAGCUCUACCAUGCAAUGGACAUGUAUCUUGAGGUUCAUACUCAACUAUCACAAGAAGAAAGGAUAAAGAUAUGCUGUGGUUUAAACUAUGAGAAGCUUUCACCUCAAGCAUGCUUACACCUCUCAAAGAACACAAAAUUUCCCUCAAAAUCAUCCGUUCAAGCUCUCGUUUCUCAGCAGUCUAAGCUCAAAAAUUUACUCCAAGCUACUACUCCCAUUUCAACUCCAUACAGCGAUUCAUCGUGCGGUUCGGCUCAAAAGAAAGAAAAAGACAAUGAACAAGUUGUAUUGUAUGCUAGCAAUUUCGAUAUUCCACCCAAUAACGAGAAACUCAAAGCACAUUUGCAAGGAAUGCAGUGGAGGGUUAUGGAAUUAGAGAAAAUCUGUAGGAAAAUGCAAACUCAGAUGACUAAGAUGACAAAAUCAAAAGCAUCUAAUAGUUAUGGUAAAUCUUUGCCAAAGCUUUGUUCAUGAGUUUUUUAUUUCUUAAAAAUUUAUUUUCCCUUUUGUAAUUUUUCACAUGUGUAUAGUAAAGGUAUCAGUUUUGUGUGUGUUGAAGUUUAUGCUUAAUUGAAGUUGAUUGGGUAAGUAAGAACACUCCUAUUUGAUUGUAUAGUUACUAAAUAAUGGAAGAGUUUGCAUAUCCAUAAGCAGUUAUUGAAAAAUUAUUUAGGUUUAUUGUAAUUUAAAUUAUUAGUAGAAUUUUA